UACAAAUAACGCGGGACAGUUUGAGGAGAAAAUCAGUUGAAACCACAACCAUCGCUGUAAGAAACAACAUUAGACAGUCAACACAUGUUUAAUUAGACAAGCUGUGUGUUAAUUGAGGCGGUAUUGAGCUCAACGCCGUUUGUUAGACUGGUUUUAUUUAUAUAGAGCCGCAGCUUAACAAGGUUUAUGUUACUAGUGUUUACCGUGAACAACGUUCGUUAGCUAAACUGAGCUAACCAGCUGACCGUCUGGGAGUAAAACAAAAAUAACCGGCUCUGUUUCUAAAUGGAUCCGAUUGAGGACCUUUCUGCCCGGGUCCUGCUGACCCAAAUUCUCAGCACCGAGACACCAAGGACCCCCUUCACCCGCAGUGCCUCUCAACAACUGAGUGCCAGCGCGACCAGGAGGAGCAGCAGUCGACUGAGAAACAAAGAUGCUGUUCCCCAAACCCCAAAGGCCAUCCUAAAGCACAGCCAGAUACACAAACUACGAAAGAGUAUAUCCAUGCAAUCCCUGAAUGCCACGAGAAGGGUCGGUCGCUCAGUCUCAUUCAGAUUGAGUAACAUCCCUCCAGUAAACUCAAUGCUGUUGGAGGAUGGAGAGACACCGAGGCACCUACUCAAGAACAUCCUGCAGACAGAGCCUGUGAGUACGCCUAUGGUUCAUGGGAGGGCCUCGUCAGAUGGGCGACAGUCAUCUUCAGCCGACUCGAGUAAGGGUUGCAGUAUUGAGCUGUCAGGGUUGGAUUUGCCUGAUUUAACUAUUGGUGCAGCGAGUACCCAAAAAAGACUGAACCGGAAGAGACAUCUGAUCUUUGAUUUGUCGGCUUUUGAAAAACGUCUUGACGCCGGGCCAGAUCUGAAGGAAAAUAAAGAAACGGAACAAUCAUCUCUUACUUUGUCAAGUCCCACUCUAAAAACCCCCUUUGUGGAAGUUCGGACUGAGAGAACAGGCCUGCGGAGAAGAGCUUUACCACGCCGUAGAAUCUCAGUAGCAGGAUUUGACGCUGCUGUAGAUAGAUGGUCGAUGGAAGGAGAGACGAGCCGGUGGAGUCUCAGUAAGACCACCUCCUCUGAGGGCUUCACUCUUGGCCUCAGCACACUCUGUGACUCUAACAUCACAUCCGACAUCAUCCACUGUGACAAGGCGCUCUGUGCCCAGCCCGGUGCCAUGACCGACAACUUAUCAAUAGCCGCAACUCGGGACAAACCGACGGUGAGGGUGGAGGAGGAUCAGAUGGAGGUGGAGGAGGAUCAGAUGGAGGUGGAGGAGGAUCAGAUGGAGGUGGAGGUGGAGGAGGAUCAGAUGGAGGUGGAGGAGGAUCAGAUGGAGGUGGAGCAGGAUCAGGUGGAGGUGGAGCUGGGGAAAGAGAAGUCAGUGAAUGCAUUCCCAACUGAGGGGGGGGCCGAACCUCAAAAUGGAAGUUUGACUGCAUCUAUAUCUCAAAGGGAGGAAGAGAAGCACACAGGUGAUGAUCAAAUGAAAGAUAAUGUAACUGUGGCCGAGGAAGAGGCAGGUGUAGCUGAAUCCCUGGAUACUGUUAUGGAGGAAGAGGAGAACAAUGUAGAAGCUCCAACAGAGGAGGAAGGUGAAGCUGAUUCUCAAAAUGAGGAGAAUGCUGCAGUCAGGUCUCCAUCUGAGGAAGAGGAGGCUGCAGCAGAGUCUCAAACUGAAGAAGAACAAGAUGGAGUUGAUUCCCAGGUUGAAGAGGAUGUUGUACCAGACACUCAAACUGAAGAGGAAGAAGUUGCAGGUCACUCUCAAACUGAAGAACAAGAUGGAGUUGAUUGCGAGCCUGAAGAGGUUGCAGAGGCCGUGUCUCAGUCUGAGGAAGAGGAGGUUGCACCAGACUCUCAAGAAGCUGCAGUUGAUAUUGAACCUGAAGAGGAUGCAGCAAAGUCUCAGUCUGAGGAAGAGGAUGUUGCACCAGACUCUCAAGAAGCUGCAGUUGAUAUUGAACCUGAAGAGGAUGCAGCAAAGUCUCGGUCUGAGGAAGAGGAGGAGACUGCAGAUGAUCAAAGUGAACAAGAGGUUCCUGCAGAGGAAGUGGAGGACGAUUUGGCUGAUUCUCAACCUGAAGACAAGCAUGAUGGGAAGCUGUCGGAGGAUGAUGCCGAGCAGUCGUCGGAACAGGAAGAGCAAGACCUGGAGCACACCAGCAGAAGGGCUCCUCGCUCUGAGGGCCCCCUCGUCGUGCCCGUCACUGAGGCAGCGGGAGACUUGGACCACGCCACAGAGGAAGGAUGGUCUGAUGGUAAGUCUAAAGCACCAAGCAGCCUGCACAUGGGAAGCCCUGAAACACACGCUUCCUACACGGACGCCGACCCUGGCGCUGUUAAAGAAAACUCCUUUCAUCUUCCGGAGCUGGCGAAUGAGACCAAAGACAGGCUCCUGAAUGACAACUCACCUGAAGAAGCUGCUGAGGAAGAGGAGGAUGAAGAGGAGGAAGAGGAGGAAGAGGAGGAGGACAGUGAUGCGAUCCCAAGCAAGACCCCAGCUUUUGUCAGACAGAAAAUGAGCUUUUUUCAGCCCAAACCUCAGAAUAUUCAAGCAAGCAGUAGGACAGGGGAAGCUAUUCCUGUUCCUAAACCAAAGCCAGUGAGAAAGAAGGGGAAAGGGCCGGCUAAAAAGCAGACUGACCUUCCUAAGAGCUACCUGAUGAACGUGUUCAAACACUUCGCCAAAACAAAAGUCUCUCCAGAUGUGUACCCUGUCCUAAAAGAUAUAAUGAAUAAAUACUUCGACCGACUGGCGGAGGACUUGGAGACAUAUGCUCUUCAUGCAAAGAGAAAAACCAUAGAGAUUGAAGAUGCUGAACUUCUGUUGAGAAGGCAGGGACAUGUGACUGACAUGGUCCCAGUGGAAGUGCUGAUUGAAAAAUAUCUUCGUAUGGAACAGCGCAAACUCCUCAUCCCCAUAGCAACCAGCGGAAAUAUUGUUAUUCCUAAAAAGCGGUGAUGAAUGUGUUCUAUACUUCUAGAUUUUAUUUUGUACUUUUACAUUUUACUUCACUGCCUUUGAUUUGGACAAUUGAGGUCUCCGUGAAAUGUUGAAAUGUUAAUCAGAGUAUUAAAAUGUCUGUAAAUGUGUAAAUAUGUGUUAACAAGAAUUUUUGUUAUGUGUACUUUUUUCUUUGGAAGCAUUGGCUUGUUGAAAAAAGUUCAUUUUCUGUCUUUGUUGACCCUUGUGAAUAAAUAAAUUCAGUGAAUCACA